GGAAAAAUGGCUGAGUAGUUUUUCCAGAGUUACAUUUUUUUUCCUCAAAAAUAGUUGUUUUUGCUCUAUUUUGAGUGUACAGAGUCAAAUUUAUCAGUAGAGUGGGAGUAAAAUCACAGAGUAACUGCAGUGACUCCUCCCAUAACUGUUCUCUUCCCAAAGUUUCGUUUAUCCGCCAUCUUAUUAGUCACGGCCGUCGACCGCUGCUGCUUUGCUUUCUGCUGGAUGGUAAAGUAAAUAUAGUUUCAAAGUCUUGGUAACGUUAUUCAUAUAUUUUUCAUAAUAUUCACCCGUUAUUAGCUCAGGACAUUUCGUCAAUUAUUCUUUUUUUUUUUUUGCAUAUUACAUCGCUUUCUCAUGUUAGCUUGAGCACUAAGUUGUGCCAUGUCAGAAAUAAAUUAGACUAAGUAAUCUUUAAUGCAAACAGCUAAGUUAAUAUAAAAAUAACUAACAUUAAUUGACAUCAGUAAGUACGUUAUAGCCUAUUAACGUUAAAUGUUUGUCCACAUAAGUAUUGUGACAAGUGAUCGAAAUGUGCGCCACAUGCCACCACAUGUACUUGACUCGGUAUAGAGUAAAAGUCAACGUUAGCCGUAAUUAACUUGCAUUGCUGGGAGGCUAUUUUGAUAUGCAUUAUUAUCCCGAUUCGGAGGGUUACUGUGGGGAUGUAGGUAUUUUCAGCAUUUACAGAUUUUUUAAAUAUAUUUUGUCAUCUUUGACCGUAUGAAUCCAGAAUUUUGGGGUGUGACAAUUCAGAAUUCGCCGUUGACUCCUUUUUGUCCACUGCCGAACACAGUAUAAUAAUUUGUUUCUGCUCUAACGUUAACUGUUCUCUUCCCAAAGUUUCGUUUCGUUCCGCCAUUACAGUCACUGCCAUUGACCACUGCUGCUUCGAUUUGAGAAGAUAACGUGUGUUUCUGCUGGAUUGUAAAGAUGCAGACCAACAAUGUUAUCAGAGUGAAGUUCAAAGACAGCAAGAGAUAUAUUUUUUCUUCAAAACCUUUUACAUUUCAAUCAUUUUUGGAAUGUGUUGCCAAUAAAUUUGAUCUUCCUACAAUGGAUGUGAAAGUCUUUGAUGACUCGAAGACAGAAGUUGAUGAGGAAGCAUUCGUAUAUCUGCUGACACGACCAGAUCUUGGUGUAUUAGAAAUUGUCAUCCCAGGCACAGCAAACAUUGAUGAUUCUUUAAGCUCAAGCUCAUUAGGAGAUGAAGGUACAUCAGAGUCUGAUGACACUGCAAUGUUGAUUACAAGCCCUCCUGAAAAAAAUCUAGCUGAGGAACAUCGUCUUGCCAAGAUGAUUGAAGAGAUUCUAAAGACCAGCCCUGGAGGUGAAAAGAUUAUAAACGAAUAUACCCGCACCAAAGGUCUGUCCGAUACCCGAAGACGUUACAUGGUGAAAAUUUUGGUAGCACAUUUAACAAAUGAACAUGGAACAAGCCCUUCCCGACGUUUGAAGGAAGAAUAUGCGAAAGGAAUCAUUUCCCUCUUCCCAUGCUUGGCUGACCCCAGGAGCAAGCUUGGAUAUGAGCAUUAUUACAAUGCAGAAGAUGGAAGUGGAUAUUUGGCGUGGAGAAUUAAAACUCUGCAGAAAGAAGCAUCAGAGGGACGGAUGAAGCGUCCACGGCAACCACAAACAGGUGGGCCAACUGCUGACAGACAAUCCUACAAAGAAGACUGCUAUUUGACUAUUUGACUGAAGACCGUCAUUGUCAGGAAGCAAUAGCCCUGAUGAAGCAUACAGCUGAUGAGGCAGUGGUAAAGGAAAAGAUGAAGUUAACGCUGGCCUAUCGCCAGAAGCUGCUGCAUGACCCUAAAAAGUCUGCUGAUAUUCUAUCAGUUUUCUCACGAUUCCUGGAUAUACCAGGCUUGAUUAAUCAAGAUUUUGGACUUUUGUUUGGUGAUGCGACCUCUGCAAAGUUGUUGGAGAAGUGGUCUACCAACAUAAAACCAAAGGUUAUUGCACAGAGCCGUGGCCUCACACAGACUAGUGAGCUCCAAGACCUCAUCCAAAAUGCUGAAGCCACUGAAGUUGAAGAAGGGUGGGACAGCGACAUGUCUUCCAUUCUGAUGCUGGUUCACCUUUUGCCACCCUCAAGUCAAGGCCGCAAGAGACCGGGAAAGAUCUCAGCCAAACAAGCAUGUGAUCGUCUUGUGAAAUUCAUCAAGACCGGUAACAGUAUCCAAGGGCACUUGGACAGUAUUGGAGAAAGACUCCAGCCGUAUCUACUCGCUGUUGGGCCGAACAAAAGUAGGAUCCAUUCUUGGUUUAUUGUGAUUGACCAACAUGCUCUACCCUGUAAGGCUUCUAAUUCAUUGGCCUGUGUUGAUGAGCUUUUCAAACAUUUGAUCCUAAUGCCAUGAAAUUUGGUCCCGGGAAAAUGGUCCCAUUGAAUGAAAUGGAAGUUGGUGCUGAGAUAGCUGGAAAACUUAAUGUGCCUGUGUGGACUAAGGUCCUAAAUGUGAAGUGGGUCAAGCGCUGUGGAAACACUUAUCGAUCAGGGUUGGCAGUUUGUGUUCAAGUUCAAAAUGACAUGCCUGUGUUUUAUGUAAUCCACAAUAUUGUUAUUAAAAAUGAGCACAUCCUUUUAAUAACAACUGCACUGAAAACAAUGUGUUUAGAUGAACAUAUCCAUGCUUACAAAGUUGCACAUACCACAGAAGCACCUUAUGUUUUGGAGAUUAAGGAUAUUUUGCACCACAAGUUGUUUGACAUUUCUGAUGUCUUAUGGUUGUGAUUCUGAUUUGUUUAUUGUACCAUAUAGUUUCAUGUAAUUCUUUUUCAUCUCAUCCAUUGUUAUCAUUACUUUUUAUUUUAGUAUUUUUUUUAUUUUUAU